AUGGAUUUUGGCAACAGGGAAAAAAAUUGGUUUUCUUCUAAACAUAGCAAAAUAUGUUCAGCACAUUUUCAAGAACAGGAUUUUAAUCCUACAAGAAAACGCCGUGUUCUUUUGGAUCAUGCUUAUCCGACUAUUCACGUUUGGACAACUUCUGAAAAUGUAUCAGAUAUCCAAGUUAACGUAACACCAUCAAAAUCUCCGUCACCUUCUAUGUCAUCCAAAUCUAUUAAGCGAGCGAUACAGUUAGAUCCGGACAUAAUGGAAACUCCCAGAAAACGAAAAAUGCAACGUAUUAUAAACGAAAAGGAAAAUGUUAUAAAAACUCAACGAUCGAAAAUAAAAUGUUUACAAGGGACCAAUGGAAAACCAUGUAAUAUUGUUAACAAAAUGUAUUAUAGAAAGGUAUACAGAUAUUCGCCUUCACCAUUUAAUGAAAACCUCAGCACAAAAAGUAUCAAAAAGACAACUUUUAAAUAA